AUGGGAUACUGCAAUGAUAAGAAGAAAAAUUGCUUUCUUGUUUACGACUACACCCAAAUUCUUAAGCUAAAUCUUAGUCACUUCUUAUUUGGAGAUGUUACAAAACCACUUUCAUGGACAACACGACUUAGGAUAAUGAUAGGAGUAGCUCGUGGACUCACUUAUCUACACUCGUCAAAGGAGCAAGUCAUACACGGUGGUAGUAAAACCUUUAACAUAUUGUUGGAUAAGAAUUUUAAUGCAAAGCUGGGGCAUUUUGGUUUGGCUAAAGGUCGGCCUAAAUUCCAUGAAUCAGAUACGAGUACACGUGACAUGGAUACCUUACGUUAUUUCGACAAAGAGGAUCGACUUAAUGGUAUAUGUUACAUAUUUAUAAAUUCUGGAUGA